UUCAUCCAUAACAAAAUUGAAAGUAUGAAAAUCAUCCUAUUCCUUCAAAUAGCUUAUAAUAGUAUUCAGAUCGGCAGACGGAUCGAAAUUCUGUUGUAAAAUGAAAAUCUCGGAGGCUUUGAUUUCCAAUAAUAUGUUUGAAAAAACAAUCCCAAAAAACAAUUGUGAUAGCAUUAGGAGUGACAUAAUCUAUGCCAGAUGGCCCAGCAAACAACGAUUGCGAUACAACGCAAAUCAAUUUCAGCUCUUGAAAGUUGGUAGAACUUGGAACAAAGAUCAAAUUACAGCACCUAAUCAAUCACCAAACUUAUUCUGAUUCUGAUCUAUCUCGUCUUGCUUUUAAAAGUGUUGGAAGUUUGUUAUGAGUUUUCUACUGAUUCUCGACUGAUCAGUGAGCACAAGCAUAUUUCGUGGAUCAAUGUAUUUAUCCUUCCCAUUUAUUGAGAUUAGUUGCUAUCACUCUUAUCAAAAUAGUUUGUUGUAGAUGAUUUACUGCUUAGAUAAUGUCAGCUCAAGAAAUACCAAUUCCACCAUCUACUCCGAAUCUCAUAACCUACAGUGUGUCGUUCUGUGACAAUAGUUUUAUGGUAGAUGCGAAUGACAGAGAGCCUCUUCUGGCCAAUCAGACAUCCAAUCACAGUUCACAGGAAACUCUGGAUAGAGGCAUCACACUACCCAUCCCAAAAAGUACGAAAAAUAGAUUUACUGACUGUCAUUGUGCCAACUCUUUUCCUUCACUCAGAGGAGCUUACCAUGAUCAAAGAUUUGGUGACCCAGCAUUGUAUGGAUCUCUGCCUGGCGAGAUGGACUGCCUGGGCUCAGAUGCAGGCCUGGCCAACGGUAGCAGUUCCAAUAAGCAGCAGAAAGUCAUAUUCUGCGUGCAUGGCAAACCAAGCGGCUGCUGCGUUACUAGGCUCCAAACAGAUCCUACUUCACCAACUGAAACUAUUACUUUAGAUACAGAAGAUCACUGUCAUAAAAUGAGGCAAGACAGUGUUGAUAAAGUCGCCCGUCGGAAGCUGAUAAUUGCAAGCAUACUAUGUGUCUUUUUCAUGAUUGCAGAAGUUAUUGGUGGAGUGAUGUCAAACAGCCUGGCGAUAGCAACAGACGCGGCGCACCUGCUGACAGACUUUGCCAGCUUCAUGAUCUCGCUGUUCGCGCUGUGGGUGGCCGCCAGGAAGCCAACCCGCCAGCUGCUGUUCGGCUGGCACCGCGCCGAGGUGAUCGGCGCCCUCUGCUCGGUGCUCACCAUCUGGGUAGUGACAGGCAUCCUCGUCUACGUCGCCGUCGAGCGCAUCAUUCACCAGCAGUACGAGAUCGACAGCACCAUCAUGCUCGUCACCUCUGCCAUCGGAGUUCUAGUCAAUCUCAUAAUGGGGUGCACACUGCACCAGCACAGUCACGGACAUGGGGGUGCGGAGGAGCACCGUGGCUCCAACAGCAUCAAUGUACGCGCUGCCUUCAUCCACGUGCUGGGCGACUUCAUUCAGAGCACCGGCGUCUUCAUCGCUUCCAUCCUCAUAUAUUUUAAUGGACCGUCAUGGUAUAUAAUCGAUCCCAUCUGUACGUUCCUCUUCUCUAUCCUCGUAAUGAUCACCACCUUCACGAUUCUCAAGGAUACCAUGCUUGUGCUCAUGGAAGGAAUGCCAAGAGGUGUUGAAUACGGAGAUGUUCUCGACACUCUGCUCAGCAUACAACAUGUUGAGAAGGUGCACAACUUGAGGAUUUGGGCAUUGAGUCUCGAUAAAACAGCACUAGCCGCUCAUAUUGUAAUAAGUCCAAAUGUGAGUACUCAUGAUAUUUUGAAAGCGGCAUCAAAGAAAAUUCAUUCAAAGUUCAAUUUCUUCGAAAUGACACUUCAGAUCGAAUACUACCAAAAACGAGACUGUAACCAGUGCUGUGAUUCUGAAAAAUAAUUGUCAGCAAAAACUUCCGUAUACUAACGGAAUGAUUCAAUUGAUACAUUGAGAGCUGAUUUCCAAAGUAUUCCUAAGUGCUCGAAAUUUACAUUCCAAAUGAAUUUUUUGGAGGUUCCUUCGAGUUGAAAACUCUGAAGAAGAAAUUGUUCAAAAUAAUAAUCCAGCCUACCAAUCCUUGUGGAAUAUAAAUAUACGUAUAUAUUGGUACUUUCAUUGCCAUAUUAUUCAUUCUUUUAAAGAAAUGAAUGAAUAGUUCAAGAUUAAUCAAUAAGUUUUUAAAUUUGUCAAAUUAUUUUUUUAAGGCUACUAAACAGCUAAUAAAAUUAUAAAUUUUCUGUAACUGAUUUAUUUUUAUUGCGUACUUAUGUCAUUUAAUUCCGGAUUUCAUCAAUGCAAAUCAAUUGUACAGCAAUUUGUUGCCUGUGGGGAUUGCCUUCGACUGAGCGUUGUGGAGGCUAUGUCCCCUCUUCACCAUUCUCUAUAGUCAGUAGUAAGCAGAAUGUGAGUUGGACAAGGAACAAAUUAAAAUGUUGGAAGCUUA